AUGCUUGCUCAGACUCUCACUGAAAUUGGGCUCAUUUGCAAAAUAUUUCACAAAAUAGCUGUGGAGAGGGAUGAGGAACACCAUGGAGACUUCCAGGAACAAAUUAUUGCCAACUUCCAAGGGGAUGGUCAUGAAUUUGUGUUCAUGGAUGAAACAAGCAAAGAUGAGCAUACAUGGGCAUGUCACCAUGGUCAUGCAAUGUCAGGUGCUUGCAUGCCCCUCUCAGAUGUCUUUGUUCAAGGUGACCAGUAUUCCUUGGUUGCAGCAAUGAUAGUUGAUGGAUAUAUUGCUGCUGAGGUUGUGGAAGGUUCUUACAAUUGUGAUCUAUUUUGUGACUUCAUCACACAGCAACUUGUGAAGUCAUUUUCCUGUUCCUUUGAUUGUCCUAGCUGA